GUGAUUUCUACGUUUCUGUUUCUGUUCUUUUCGAACCCGAAUAUUUUCAUUUAGUCGUUCAUCCCAUAUCGUUCGUGAUAGGGGACCACGACCACCAACUGUAUGCCUAGUGUCCCUGCUUUGGCGCCUCAUUUGGAAUCGUAGACAAGUUGUUUGUCCGCGAAUUCUGAUUUUCAUUUUCCAACCUGAACAUCGUUUCCCUUGUGGAGCUACCUACUUCCAGUUCUUGUGUGAAACGGUAUUUCGAUCGACUUUGACCGACAAUGUUUUUCAACCGUCACUUUUUCCAUCGCCAAAGGAGAACAUUUAACACAAAGAGCCAGCACUUUUUUCACCAAACCCUCAAAAAUGCUGCUCUUCCCCUCGCCUCCGCGAAGGCAAGCGUGUGGGGCUGGAAUCAGCUUCACAGGAGAGACGAACAAAAUAAACAAGCAGAUACAGGAAAUUCUGGUACUAGUACUAUCGCAGCUGCGAAACCACGGGGUGGAGAUCUACGAACAGGUGCAGGUGCUGGGAACAGCAGAGUUGAACGUGCACAACAGGACUUCGGCGUAGAAGUUGAUAACUACACGACGGCCACGUGCAAGAAUUCUACGCAAAAAGCUUCACCACGGCCUGGGCAACUGCACAUCCCUAGUAACCCCCCCUCCUGGCAAUUCGGGGUGAUCUUGCGAGGACCCCGAGGUCUUCAGAAAACAACGGUAGCGCACUGUGAAGAAGGAGGCCGAGGCACAGUGCGUGGAUCUACGCGUGGAUCACCACGCGGAGCUGGUGCACCUGGACUUGACGACUUCCGAAGCACAGUGACGAAUUUCGUUCCCGGCUAUAAUGGGGUACCAGUUGCUGGCGCAACAGCUUUUUCUGCUGCACCACGACAGCGUCCAACAUCACAGCAGCUUUCCGAUGGUGCAGCUCAACUAUCCGAUGAAAAAAACGCACAACAACCCUACGACGUCGCCAUUAUCGGUGCGGGCAUUGCCGGCACGGCGCUGACCUAUUUUUUGGUGGAGGAGAUUGAAAAACAACGGAAAUCGAAAAACUACAACUAUCGCAGCAACAAACCGUUUCGAAUUUUGCUGCUAGAUAAGGAAACCGCGGGCGCGGGCGCUACCGGAUUGUCGAUGGGAACGCUGUUUCCGUUAUUCCAUAUCAAAUGUAAAAAUGUCUGGGUCUGGAAGGUAGGAACUUGUCAUGCUAAAUCUGCAGCAUGCAAAAAUCUGUGUUGCAUGAUUGCCAAAAGUCGCCCAGUUUUGAUCAAGUCGGAAGGUAGUUUCUCAUGCAGGAUAGGCAUUAGAAACGUCUCGCAGAAUCUGUCAUGCUAGGUCCGGCAUUCCAGACCUCAUAGGUCAUGGAAAAGCAGCAUGACAAAUCGCGCAUUCUUCCAGACCCAGACAUUUUUACACUUGAUAUUCCAGGAGGACGUGGAAAUCGAGAAAAACGAUUUGAAGCAACUCAAAGACAGUGAAUUAGACCAGUUUGUCACCCACGGGACAACUGAGAUGCUGAAAAAGCUGCAAGACGAGCUACGGGUGGAUAAUGCUAGAAGUACUCUUUCAACAUUCCGCCCAGGCCCAGCCGGACGACGAGGAGAGCGUCAACACGCUGGGACCGACGACGAUGAUGAAGAUGAUCCCCACGACGAGGACUUUAUCCUGUGUAAAAGUAUAGUAUUCGUAUUGCAAUCAUGCAUUACAAAUUCUUUUGUUCAGUUAAAUCCGCAUUACAAAUUUUAUUUCUCAUGCUGAGAAAAUUUGUAAUGCAUUUAUACGAGUGCGAUACUUUUGCAGUUCAUAGACUUGUUUUUCCACCAAAACGGAGCGUAUAUGGUCGCGCCGCGGGGGAACAGUAUAUCAAGUGCAAAAAUGUCUGGGUCUGGAAGAUUGCCAGGUUUGUCAUGCAUAUUUUGCAUAACCCAUGAUGCCUGUAAUGCAUGACCUAGCAUCACAGACUUUUUGAGCGCCCUCUGAUGCGUAUUCCGCAUGACAAAUGCCCAUUCCGCGUAGCACAAACUGCACUCCUCUUGCUGGUCAUGCAAUACAAUCUUUUUCAGAAUCCAAAGACAGCAUGACAAGUUCCUACCUUCCAGACCCAGACACUUUUGCAAUGCAUACAGUAAAGUGGAAGCCUAUUUGCAGAGAUUAUUCAAACUUUGGAAGAACGAAAGGUCGUACGAUGUUGAGUUUCUAGAGUCCGAAGAGGAAGUGACCCGGAAGAUGUUUCCCGAUUUCGUCUCAGAAGAUGAUCCGAAAGCAGAAAAUCAAAAUCACCUCCCACGGCGUGUCAACGUCUACGCCUACGGCGACCGGACGGAUAAAAGGGGGAUCAAAGAUGGUACUACCCCCUGCAUGGCCAUUUACGCGCCCCGGGGCGGUCUGGUGGAUCCGGGGGCGGUGAACCAGUUGUUUCUAGACAUGGCGCUGGAGAAAGCAAUGGAGUCGACCUUCAAUAGGAACAGUUUGGUUGUGACAGUUCAGGAAAACGCGGAGGUGGUGCAAGUGGUUUUGCCGGCCGCAGGGACCGGGACGACCGUCACUGGUACAGAAAAGGCACUAGCGCGUGGAGGUGACGGUGGAGGUGGUGGUGGUAGGGGCCGUGGUCUGUCUAGUUUUUUCUCUGCAGCAGGAACAACAGCAGCUCCGACUAUACCGAAUAAAAGCGCAGACUUUCAUUUGUCAGAAGUCGAGGAGAUCGACGCCCGCCAGUAUACUCUGGAAGAUCAGUGUUUGUUUCUGGAUGAGAAUCCGCUGAGUAACUGCAUUGAGAUCCACGUGAGGAGGCCAGUCCAGGUUCAAGCCCAAGGUUAUCAUGCCCGCCGCAACGGACGAGAAUCAGAAACUUCUACUUCUUCAUCCUCCCGUGCUGAAGAGCUGGAGCUAGAAGAGGAGCUGUAUCAGCGGCAAUUUGACAAGGAGACACUAACAACUGCUGGCUCUGCCUCUGGUCGUGGAGAAGAAAUGAAAGUGGUACAACAAGACCACAAUAUGAAUAUAGUCGAAACGGUCCACGCGAAGUCGAUUGUCUUCGCGAACGGCAUCGACAUUCCGAAACUCUUCGACGAAGGACAAAUUCUCAGGCGGGAGGACGAAGGGAUGGGCAACAGAAACAGCAACAGCGACUACAGCAGAAAUUUUAGUACAAAUAAAGGACUCAGUUGUAUCGACCUCCCCAUCCCCAUCGUUCCUGUUCUUGGCACGGUUGUCCAGUCCGAAAUCCGCAACACGAACCUGAAACAGAACAAACCCUUCUGCUUCUUCUCCGCGGAAUCCUUCCAGUAUUGGGACGAGGAAGUGGACGAUUACGGGUUGCAAAUCCAAAGUGCCGGCAAAGUCGAAAGGGUGAAAAACGGGAUCAAAACCACAACCGAGAAGGUCAAGAACGGAACGAAGGAUUUUUUGAUGAAAACUUCCAACAGCUACAACACCACUGAAAGAGCCGCUGCGGUUAUCCCGAUGAAAUCCACCUACGACCUGGAUGCGAAGGAGCGCGCGUUUCAUAUGGCGUUGCCAAAUGUUACAUUCUCAGCUAUUACAUGAUUUGUCAUGCAAUAUUCUCAGCAGUAUCUACCUCAUCAAGCUGUCUCGCAUGACAACUUUCCGAAGGGCUAAAUAGCAUCUAAAUCUGUGCCAAACCCGUAAUGCAAAAGGCGUAAUCUUCCCCCUUGCACUUUUGCCAUUCUUGCAUUACAGAUUCAUGCAACAGUUGAGAGCGUAACGUUUGAGAGUGCCAUACUUCACAUUUACGGGAUUAUCGGGAAAAACGACCCGACGGAGCUAUAUCAAAACGAAAAAUCCCCCCUCCCCAUAUCGAAAAGGUAUGUUUCCGAAAAUUUGUGUUGCAGAUUUGAGGUCACAAAUCACAUUUGUCUUGCCAGAAGACAAGGGCAGAAGCUGCCGCCCCAUUAUGGAAGCGGUUUGUCAUACUGCUGGCCCUAAAAGUGACCCGCUUGCCAUGCUGAACAACUAGACCCAUACGCCCCUGCCUAGCCUGGAGAUCUGGCCACAGUGCCUCUCUACAAUACAAACCGGAUUUGUGUACACAAAUCCAGCAUCAGAGGUUCCGUUUUGAUAUGGGGAGGGAGGAUCUUUCCUUUCGAUAAGCUGUUACUCGGCUUCAGCCGCGAGGCGUUUUGCUCGUACCGGAAACGGGAAGAAUUCCGGCAAUCCUUGGACAGCUACUUGCAUUUCAUGUCCUACUGUUCGCCGUUUAUGUGGCACGGGCUAGCAGCGAUGGUGAACGUGUUGGAGAACAUGACUGGGAGUAAGAGUACUGUAUUUUCGGGGAUCUUCUCUGGAAAUUCUAAUUCAUCAGGUCCGGAAAACGCAGUGAAAGACGAGACCAGUCGAAAGUUUUUCGAUACCAUCCUGAAGCAGCAUCUGGACACGGUGAGAGACCUUCGGGAGUCCUGGUCGGAAGAAACCAUACGGGCGGAGAAACAGCAGAAAUAUUUGGAGUACACGAAGUUCAUGUUUUUCACCGGGAUUAAAGCGCCGGAAUCCAUCCUGACCAGGAAGAUCAACAAGGAGAUGGAAGAGAUUGUAAAUUCUGGCGUGUCUGUAGAAAAGGAGGUGACGACGGAGCAGACGUCGUCGAAAAUUGGAAACGGCCCGCACAUCCGACCAGAGUUGCAGCCUGGGUGGGAGGGCUGGCAACCGUUUUCGGUGUAUGGAAAACCGCUCGUUGGGCCGUUGGACUGUUGGUCUGGAGGAACUGCCGCGAAUAAAGAUACUAGUAGCACAACGCAGGACCGAGAAAGCAUAAAAACGUCCUCUGCGGAAACCGAAAUUUCGCACAAGGAAGGAGAGGAAAUGUCCGACACAACGGAACGCAAAAGUUCUCUUCCAGCCAACGUCUAUAUCGCCGGGGGAUUUGGGCCGGCUGGGAUCAAGCUGGCUCCUUUUCUGAUGAAAAUUUUGGCCGAACGGGUCGUGCACGACGCACGAAUUCGGGAGGAGAGUGAGGCGCUAAAUGGAAAUACAGGUAAAAGCUAUGGUGGAGACGUACUACAACAGCUAGACUCUCGCAAUCGCAGACUCCUUCGUUACUACGACCCCAAUCCCGCUGUUGAGAGGUUUCGAAGAGAUUUGGAAAGAGCGAGGGCGAGAUAAGGUUUAUUCAGUUUCACUUUCAGUUUCGCUUUAAAUACGACUGCUGGUUUUGGUUUCUUUUUGCCAAGAGCGGGAAUAGCUAUAGCAUGUGAACAAGAUUCAACAUCAACAGCACUCUCGAGAUUUUGUCUUUUCGAAGGUUAU